CCUCACUUUCUGCUUUUGUGAAUACAGUCCAAAUCUCUUCCAUCUUGGGACAAUCAAAUCCCAACCCAUCAUAUUUCCCGAAAUACCUCACUUCUGGGUUCAGAACAUACAAGAACAAGGCAUUCACUCACAAAUUGCCAAUCUGCAAUAGAAAAAGACAAAGCAAAUAUGAACACAAUGACUAAAACACCAUCUUUGGUAGAGGCACUAAUCUAAUCUCAUGCAAAAGCAGAUACCUUCAGCAUCUAGGCUUUAUGUUUCCUCAUCUUCAUGUUCAAUCAUAGCAUGGCAUAAACUCCAAUAUGAUUUCAUUCAAUUACAUGAAUAUAUAAAAUAUAGUCAUUAUUCAUUAAUUCUGGUUCAUAUACAAGAUGGACAAGAGGGUGAUGAUGUAACCUCAUUUCAGAUUGAUAUCCAAUAUAUCUUAGAUAAAAAAUGCUAGUCAAUACCUCAUUUCUAAAACUCUAUGUGUUGGAUGAAACAUAACUGUAGUACUUGCAAACUUUAUUUGACAAUAUGAUACAGUAGCUAGAUAAGAUGCAUGUCAAUAGCCUCCAAAAAACAUGUAUUACAGGAAAACAUAUAAUAAAAAACACAAACAAGUUUAGUUAAUGACCAUUAGAGAACUAACAUCUUUCAACUUUUAUUGACAUAUAUUACUAUAUAGUUUCAGAGUGCAAGUCAUUAAAUGUCAGAAACUUAAACAACCCAAAUUCAUGUGCUUGAAAUUAACUCAUAAUCAAUAAUCUACUGAUAAAGAAAAAUAGAUUUUGUUGGAAAUAAUCUGAAGUGAAGAUUCUGCCUAUAAGAUCUUGAAUCAAUAAAUGAAUUGCUGCCUGUUUGGCGCCUACUUCUGGCUCUCACCCAAAAAAUUGCUGCAGUAGGUGCUCCCUCAAAAAUGUCAUGAGCAAGUGUCUACCUCUAAAGAUAUGCAGGACCUUUAGAGAAAGAAGUAGCUAGGUUAACAUGAUGCUUUCCUCACAAAAUUACUUGGAGCCAAAGAUAGAAAAAAGAAAAUGAGAUAAUGCCAAGGGAACAUAUUCAGCAUUUUUCUCCAAAUUUCAAAGUAGAGCGUACAAAUAAAGUUCAAUGGUGCUGCAGCCUGCAGGUUAUGCCAUAUGCAAGAAAUCUCAAAGCCCUUUGAUAAUUUAAACCUUAUUGGCAGAAACUGCUAAGAAGAACCAGAGAUGCGGCUACAUUGUUGAAUAAAUUUGGUCAUGAAACUCAGAGCGCUUGAAAUGAAUACAUCCAUAUUCC